AUGGAGGCCUACCUCGAGCAGGUCAGCGACCAGGUGCUCUCGAGCGAGGCGGGGCUCUUGCGGCUCUACGCGGUCAAGGCGCGCGCGGACGCGGCCGCGUCGCGACGCCGCCACCUCCCGCUCCACCGCCGCGGCCUCACGGGCGUGCGGUAUGCGAUGCGGCCGACUAGCGUCAAGGAGCUCUCAGCGUCGCGGCGCAAGCGCGACGAGCUGCACGCGAUGCUGCACGAGGUGGUCGCGACGCCGUCGCGCAUCCUCGUCUUUUUCGAGCUCGAGCCGCUGCUGCGCCGCGACGGCGGCAUGAUCACGGACCUGCUCUCUCUGCUCGAGAAGCGGAACCGGCUGAGGGAGGAGGAGGCGAGGGCGAUCUUCGUCCGGCUCGCCGCGCACGAGCUUGGCGUGGCGCUGCGCAACAUCAAGCCCGAGGGCGUGCAGGUGUCUCAGCGCGUCAAGGGCGAGCCGCGCCUCCACCUCGUCGACCUACACUGCGCCGCAAUCGUCGACGACACGGACGAGCAGCACGGCGGCCUCUCCGGCCUGCACGGCACGCCCGAAGGCCGGCCAGUCGACGCCGUGCUGCGCGACGUCAACGCCGCAGACUUCACUUUCGACGACCCGGAUGGCGCCGCCGCUCUCUGCCACGGCACUCUGUUUGGCGGCGAGCCCCUGACUCGGCUUCUCUUCCGCCUUGAGGUGCUCCAGCACCAGUUCUGCGGCGCGGCGCUGCAGGAGGCGGUGCCAUGCACGCGCGACGACUCGCUCAAGGACAGCGACUAUGACAAGGCGCUCGCCGCCCUCGACAGCGACGGCGACUGA